AUGGCACGUCAACGACUCAGUCGACGUCAAGAAUUUAACCAGUCGUUUAGCACGCUGCAAAUAGAUGAUGAUUCAAUAGACAUUCCAAAGAAGAAGCUCUAUCCUUAUUUACAGGAAUUAUUCAAGAAGAAGAGUUCCGCUAGAGAAAGUGCGCUAAGGACAUUGGUUGAGGAAUUUGAGACCAAUGUCCGUUACGAAUUUGCUGAGAAGAAUUUUGUCACUUUGGUGCACCGAUGCCAAAAUUGCUUGAAACGGAGUUCUGCACUGGAGAUUGAUUUAGCAUUACAACUGAUAGGAUUAGUUGUCCUGACUCUUGGUGCGGGUGAUAAUGCACAUGAGGUUUACGAAGAAUCGCUUGUGCUUCUUCCUCAACUCCUAAUCAAGUCCAAAUUAUCUCACGCUGUCAAGGUGAUGGAGUGUUUGUCUAUUGUCACUCUUGUUGGUGCCACAGACUUUUUCGACACGGAAAGAUCAAUGGAAAUUAUAUGGCAAUUCAUGAAUCAAGAAAGCAAAUAUCCAUCAUCUGUGGCUGCUGCAACAAUAUCAGCCUGGGCUCUCCUUCUAUCAGACAUCGAUCGGUGGAGCAUUAGCCCCAAAAAGUGGAAAGGGUUGAUCCCUUAUCUUCUAAAACAACUAGAGGAAGAUGAUGAACAUGUUAAUGUUGCUAGCAUUGAAGCGCUCUCUUUAAUUUUUGAAAACGGCAGUCUUGAGAAAUUUUCAAAUCAAGCAGAAGAAUACGCAAGCACGAAGGAUAUGAAAGAUGGCAUAAUGGAGGAUUUGAAGAGAGUAUGCAAUAGAACUAAACAAGAUGCUUCAAAAAUUCUUGAGGAUGAUUACAAUAAGACAACCACCCUCACAUUAGGAGAAACAAGACUUACCUUUAACACCUGGUCAGAACUGAAGCAGAUAAGUUACAUAAGAAGAUUUUUGGGUUAUGGUUUCACAAAUCACAUGAUGGAAAACGAAUACCUUCACAACGUUUUUCACUUUGUACCAGCAGCGAAAUGUAGUGAUUUAGAACCGUACAAACCUGAAUUUGAAGAGGUGGUUUUUCGAGUUUUUGUACCUGAAGUAAGAAGAGAAAAUUGCGCAAAGAGGAUGCACAUGUCCCCUAGUUCUCUGCUGAGCAAAGGAAGGACUAAGUUGAGGAACAAGUACAGAAGUCUUGCGGAAGAGACUAGGGUUGGGCUAAACAUUGCUGAUGAAGAGCUUGACUGA